AGCCCGGCGGCGGCGGCGGCGGCCGGGGGCAGACCGGACAGCGGCAAUUUUCUGGACGAUAAACAAUGGCUCACGACCGUCUCCCAAUACGACAAGGAGGUCGGGCAGUGGAACAAAUUCCGAGACGAAGUAGAGGAUGAUUAUUUUCGUACGUGGAGUCCGGGUAAACCAUUUGAUCAAGCUUUAGAUCCAGCUAAAGAUCCAUGUUUGAAGAUGAAAUGUAGUCGUCAUAAAGUCUGUGUUGCACAGGAUCAACAAACCGCAGUUUGCAUUAGUCAUCGAAGGCUUACGCACAGUAUGAAAGAGGCUGGUUUAGGCCAUAAACAGUGGAGGGGUGGUCCCAUUUCAUCAAACUGCAAGCAGUGUCCAGUAGUUUAUACCAAUCCUGUUUGUGGAUCAGAUGGUCACACAUAUUCUUCUCAGUGUAAAUUAGACUAUCAAGCCUGUGUCUCAGGAAAACAAAUUUCAGUGAAAUGUGAAGGACGUUGCCCUUGCCCUUCUGACAAAUCCACAAAUGCAGGCAGAAGUGACAGGAGAGUGUGCAGUGACCUGGAAUUCAGGGAAGUCGCAAACAGAUUGAGAGACUGGUUUAAGGCACUUCAUGAAAGUGGAAUUCAGAAUAAGAAGACUAGGAUUGUUCAAAGGCCUGAAAGAAGCAGAUUUGAUACCAGCAUUUUGCCAAUUUGCAAAGACUCCCUUGGCUGGAUGUUUAAUAGGCUUGAUACGAACUAUGACCUGUUGUUGGACCAGUCAGAACUUGGAAGCAUUUACCUUGACAAGAACGAGCCAUGCACCAGGGCGUUCUUCAAUUCUUGUGACACAUACAAAGACAGUUUGAUAUCUAACAAUGAGUGGUGCUACUGCUUCCAAAGACAGCAAGACCCACCUUGCCAGACAGAACUCAGCAACAUUCAGAAGCAGCAAGGAGGAAAGAAGCUCCUAGGGCAGUACAUCCCCUUCUGUGAUGAGGAUGGGUAUUACAAACCAAGUCAGUGCCAUGGAAGCCUAGGGCAGUGCUGGUGUGUGGACAGAUAUGGCAAUGAGGUGUCAGGAUCCAGAACAAACGGCGCAGCAGAAUGUGCUAUCGAUUUAGAGACUUCAGGUGAUUUUGCCUCUGGCGAUUUCCAUGAAUGGACAGAUGAUGAAGAUGAUGAAGAUGAAAUAAUGAAUGAUGAAGAUGAAAUUGAAGAUGAUGAUGAAGAUGAAGGGGAUGAUGAUGAUGAUGAUGAUGAUGAUCAUGAUGGAUAUAUUUGAUAAUAUUAUAUAUAGAGGUCCAUAUGUUGUACCUUUCUAAAUUUCACAAGAUGAUAUUUCAUAAAAUCCCUUAACUCUCCAAGAUCAAAAGGGUUCUAACAAAUAUGUAUAUUUUGUAUGAUUAUUUCAGACAUUGCAGCUGGAGUCAUAGACUUUUUUUGUUAAAUAAGAAUAAUUAUAUCAUGUGCUUUUGAGUUUUUAAAUGCCGUUGCGCUGAAGAAAACACAUUGGAAUUCUAGCCUGAAGACAAAAAAAUGUUAUGUGCUACCGAAAAUAUAUAUAUGUGCAAAACACACUAGAAAGCCAACCACUCUCUUCAAAAUUCUGCUGAAAAGAUAUUUGCCCUUACUUGGAACUGUGCAUGUCCUCUUCAGAAUGCAUACUGUGACUUAACUUCAGUUCUGUCAGUGUUUUAGGCCCUGCAAUUGUCCAUUUACUGAAUCAGAAAUGUAUUGCAGUAGAAAAAUGUUGGUGCACAAGUAGCAUCUCAACCCGCCUUUAAUUAACCAAAGGUUUGGAGAAAAAUCAGGAGGAAAAACUGUAGCAAAGUCCUCCUUUGAGUUUGCAUUUUUAGUUAUGUUUUUAUUAGGAAAUGGCUAGAUUAUUGAAAGAAUUUUUCAAAAGCAGUAGCAUGGACAAGCACCAGUUCUGUAAUUCUAAAAUGUUCUUGUCCCUCCUUUUUUUUUUUGUUUCAUGUCAAGAUCAUAUAAGCUUUAUCAUUAUUUACUUAAACAUUGCUUCACCCUUUGUGGUUUUUCUGUAUUUAUCUCUAAUCAGACUAGUGUAAAAUAUUUACAUUGGGAAAAAUGUUUGCUUAAAAUUGUAUUACCUUUAUACAUGACUGUAUUUCAGAGUAUUGUCACUUGCCCCAAGGUAGUUUUUAAUAAAUGUAUAAUGAUGCUUUUUAUUUCCUUAUUUCAGGAAAUAGUUUUGCUCUUUUUCUUAAUUCAUGUUGUUUUCUGUUACUAGUGCAGAAACUUAUAGAACGUAUCGUAAAGGUGCCUUGCAAAAUAGAACUAGAGAGGUUUUAGCAUGCAUACCAGUGUAGGAUGUUAGGCAAUAGCUAAGCACACCCAGUUACCAAAUUAAUACCAGUAUAGGUUCUGCUGCUGGAAUGAAGAAAAUGGAUUAUUUUAAUUUUUAUUAUUAUGGAAUUACCAUUUGGUCCAGAUUAUACUUGUUGUGUAGAGUAGCACUUAAGAUUUGACUGUAGGGAAAAUUACUUUAAUCACUGUAUUUAUGUUAGCAUGUUAGUUGUGUAGGCAUUUUGGGACUCCACCAUCUUCAUUCAUAUCCUAUCUGUUUCUUUCUGCCCACAAUAAAAUUGGCAUAACCUGUAUAAUGUAUUGCUACAGGUUGUAUAAUUUAAAAAUGAAUCACUGAUUUCCCAUCAUUAAUAAAAGGAAAAUCAGAUU